AUGGCGCAUCAGGAGCUCCUCGCAAAGGCCAAGGCCUGGCUGCACAAGGACCCAGACCCGACCACCAAGCAGCAGCUGGCCAGCCUCAUCGAGCGCAGCGACUUCACCAAGCUUGAGCAGUGCUUCGGAGACAGGCUCGAGUUCGGCACAGCGGGCCUGCGCGGCAUCAUGGGCGUCGGGUACAGCAACAUGAACCUGCUCACCGUGCUCGAGUCGACGGCUGGAUUCGCACAGCACCUCCUGGACACGGAUGGAGCCAAGGCGCAGUCCAAGGGAGUCGCCAUCGCCUUUGACGGCCGCUUUGGCAGCAAGGAGUUCGCCUAUGCCUCGGCCCAGCACUUUGCUCACCGGGGCAUCCCCUCUCAGAUCUACCCGACCCCUACGCCGACUCCCAUGUGCGGGUUUGCAGUCAAGAGGCUUGGCCUCGCCGGCGGCAUCGUCGUCACCGCGAGCCACAACCCCAAGGAGUACAACGGCUACAAGGUGUUCGGCCCAGCCGGAACGCAGAUCAACACGCCCACCGACUCGCAGAUUGCUGCACAGAUCGACAAGGUGGCCAAGGAAACCGAGCCGCCAGCGCUGGUGCCCCUGGACGAGGCCAAGAAGAGCGGCCUUGUUCGCGAGAUCGAGCCCGAGAUGUUUGAGGCCUACAUCCGUGACAUGAAGGACCUGCAGAUCUUCAGCUCAGCGUCGAGCGCGGGCGACAAGGUGCCACUCUCCAUGACCUACAGCCCGCUCCACGGUGUCGGUGGACCCUUUAUCCAGCAGCUUGCCACCGAGGUGGCCGGCUUUGUCGAGGGAGAGAACUUUUGGAUCGUCGAAGAGCAGCGGUACCCCGACGGCGCGUUUCCGACCCUCGAGUUCCCCAAUCCCGAGGAGCUCUCGACACUGGAGCUCAACCACAAGCUCUCGGAGAAGCACAAGACGGAUCUCGCCAUCGUCAACGACCCCGACGCGGACCGCCUUGCCGUCUCGGCGCGCGACCGCACCGGCAAGCUGCGUGCCCUCAACGGAGACCAGCUCGGCACGCUUCUGGGCGACGAGAUCCUGCGCCGCGCUGAUGCCAGGAACGGAGGCGGCAAGAAGGCGGGUGUCUACACGCUGAGCACCAUCGUCUCCAGCCGGCUGCUGGCGCGCAUGUCGCAGUUUUGGGGCGGGCGACACGUCGAGACGCUCACCGGCUUCAAGUGGCUCGGCAACGUGGCGAUGGGCAUCGAGGCCAGGGAAGGUCCCGGAGCGUUCGGCGCUGGCUACGAGGAGGCCCUGGGUUACAUGGUGGCCCGGUCGGUCUGGGACAAGGACGGCCUCUCGUCGUUCCUCUUGAUCGUCUCCCUGGCCUUUGACCUGGCGAGGCAGGGCAAGACGCUCUGGGACCGGCUCGAGGAGAUCCACAAGACUGUCGGCGUCUCUGUCACCAGCCAGAGGAUCAUCAAGCUCACCCCGGGAAGAAAGGGAACCGAGAUCAUGACCAAGCUCCGCAAGGACCUCGACGCGGGCAAGACGAGCGUGGAAAAGGACGGCAAGCAGUUCGCCUUCAGCCUGGUCGACGACCUCAAGGAGCGACCGGCCUACGACGCGGAAAAGGCGGCCCAGGGCGACCUGAGCAUCCCCAAGAACGACGUCCUGCGCUUCUAUGUGCCCGCCAGCCACGUCGACCCGGCCGCCGCCACGAGCCGGCCAAAGGACGAGGUGAUGCUCGGCGAUACGCGCAUCAUUGUGCGGCCCUCUGGAACGGAGCCCAAGGUCAAGAUCUACAACGAGGCCAUGGGCCUGAUCCAGGAGGGCGAGGAGUACAGCGUGGCCGUGGCCCGCGUCGAGCGCGAGCUGAGCGAGGUCGUCGACGCCUUCUGGGCGUGGAUGAGCGCCUGA